AGAGUCACGUGGUGGCGCGACUUUAAAUGGAGGGGGCGGAGCAAGCGGGAGGUCAGCGGAGAAGAUGGAUUUCCAGGGCGGGCCGGUGGAGGACCACGAGCUGCGGGAGGCGCAGAGGGAGUACCUCGACUUCCUGGAUGAUGAUCAAGAUCAAGGUGUUUACCAUGGAAAAGUAAGGGACAUGAUCGGUGCGAGUGAGCAUCGCUUAAUUGUCAACCUGAAUGACCUGAGGCGUAAGAAUGAGCGCCGAGCUAAUAUAUUGCUGAGUAAUGCCUUUUUGGAGGUCGUUGCAUUUCAAAGAGCCUUAAAGGAUUUGGUAGCUUCCAUUGAUGCUACAUAUGCCAAGCAGUUUGAAGAGUUCAGCGUUGGAUUUGAAGGCAGUUUUGGAGCUAAGCAUGUCUCCCCUCGCUCUCUGAUCGCAGGUUUCUUGGGAAAUCUGGUCUGUGUUGAAGGAAUCGUUACAAAAUGUUCCUUGGUCCGACCUAAGGUCAUGCGUAGUGUCCAUUACUGUCCAGCUACAAAGAAGACCUUGGAAAGGAAAUAUACUGAUCUCACAACACUAGAGGCGUUUCCUUCCAGUGCAAUUUACCCCACCAAGGAUGAAGAAAACAAUCCUCUUGAGACAGAAUACGGGCUGAGCACGUACAAAGAUCAUCAAACUCUGAGCAUACAAGAAAUGCCUGAGAGAGCCCCGGCCGGACAGCUGCCUCGUUCUGUUGAUAUCAUUGCAGAUGAUGAUCUGGUAGACCAAUGUAAACCUGGUGACAGAGUCCAGAUAGUGGGGAUAUACCGCUGUUUACCAUCUAAGCAGGGCGGAUUUACAUCUGGCACAUUCAGGACAAUACUGUUGGCCAGUAAUAUCAAACGGAUGAGCAAAGAAAUUUCCCCAACGUUUUCUGCUGAUGAUGUUGCCAAAAUCAAGAAAUUUUGCAAAGUUCAUACUAAGGAUAUUUUUGACCAGCUGAGCAAGUCAUUAGCACCAACUAUCCAUGGCCAUGAUUAUAUUAAGAAAGCCAUUUUAUGCAUGCUGCUUGGUGGUAAUGAGAAGAUCCUUGAUAAUGGAACUCGUAUAAGAGGAGAUAUUAAUCUUCUCCUAAUAGGAGACCCAUCUGUCGCCAAGUCCCAACUGCUGCGCUAUGUAUUGCACACAGCUCCAAGAGCCAUUACCACCACUGGUAGGGGGUCCUCUGGAGUUGGGUUGACAGCCGCUGUGACAACUGAUCAAGAAACAGGGGAGAGGCGUCUUGAGGCUGGUGCCAUGGUACUUGCUGACAGAGGUGUUGUGUGUAUUGAUGAGUUUGACAAAAUGUCUGACAUGGACAGGACAGCUAUACACGAAGUGAUGGAACAAGGUCGUGUGACAAUAGCGAAAGCUGGGAUCCAAGCAAGAUUAAAUGCCCGGUGCAGUGUUUUAGCUGCAGCAAAUCCUGUUUAUGGAAGGUAUGAUCAGUAUAGGACACCAAUGGAAAAUAUUGGCUUACAAGACUCUCUGCUUUCAAGAUUUGAUUUGCUUUUUAUUGUUUUGGAUCAAACGGAUGCAGACAGUGAUCGUGAAAUUGCAGACCAUGUGUUGAGAAUACACAGAUAUCGAACUCCUGGAGAGCAGGAUGGAUAUGCAAUGCCUUUUGGAUGCAGUGUUGAGAUUUUUGCAACUGAUGAUCCGAAUGCUACUGAUGUCACUGAUCAAGAGUUGCAGAUUUAUGAGAAACAUGAUAAUCUCCUGCAUGGACAACGGAAAAACAAAUCUAAAAUUGUAAGCAUGCAAUUCAUCAGAAAAUAUAUCCAUGUUGCUAAACUGAUAAAGCCUACUCUAACUCAAGAAGCAGCUGAUUACAUCUGUCAGGAAUAUGCCAAAAUACGGAGCCAUGAUGAGAUUAACAAUGAUCGGGCUAGGACUAUGCCGGUGACUGCUAGAGCUCUGGAAACUAUGAUCCGGCUGGCCACGGCCCAUGCUAAAGUCAGAAUGAGUAAAACCGUUGAUAGCCAGGAUGCAGAAACUGCACUUGAACUUGUUCAGUUUGCAUAUUUUAAGAAGGUAUUGCCAAAGGAAAAGCGAGUGGAAAAAGAUCCAGGUUUAAGUCAAGAGACACAAAGCCAAGAAGGAAUAAGAGAAAGACGUGCAGGGAAAAUAUCUGACACUCAAGAUUCAGUGGAUCCUUAUGCUUUUAGCCAGGAUGUCAGUCAGAAUGACUCUCUUUCUCAGAGCGGGAGAACUCCAAGGAAGAUUUCUGAAAGUCGGGUUGAGAUCGACACCAAGAGAUCAUUGAGUCAAAAGAGGAUAAAAGAAUUUAAAGCCGCUCUAUUAAAAGCAUUUAAGGCAACACGCUCCCAGUCUGUUGCUGUUACUCAAUUGCUUGAACUCAUCAAUAAAGGAAAUCAUGACCCAUUUGAACUUUCAGAAGUAAAGGAAAUGCUGGACUACAUGCAAAAUGACAACCAAGUCAUGUUGGCAGAUGAUGUGGUCUUCUUGAUUUAAACAAGUUCACAUUUUGUGGAAAUCUCU